AUUUACGCAACUGCUGUAAACAUUUCAGUGAUUUCCUUGAAAAAUAGGAGAGUGGAAAAGAAGGAGAGGGGGAGGGGGUAAUAAGGAUACUGUUCAUUUAGAUGGGCUUUAAUAAGAGGAGGAUUAUUAUAGAUUGCAGCAGGAUGUUAAGAGAGGAGUGUAUAAUGCUGAGGUAAUUCCAUUCCGAUUCUAGAGCAAGGUGAGACCUUCAUUCGUAGACAUUCACGUGCCGAUGGUUGACACUAAACUAAUGUUCGAUUAGGUAAACCGAUUAGGUUUUGUUACGAUUGAUCCCUGUGGAAAAAAAUGAGUCUAUACAACUGAGAAGCCGCAAGGACGAAAUUCAAUGACUAAAUCAGAUCUAAAUUUAUGUGUCAAUGACCCCGAAAAUAAUGGAAGCAGAACGGCCGAUGACAGUAACAAACAUUCAGAACUUCCAUGGCAAUGCAAUCAUGGAGACGAAAAAUCAAGCAAAAAGGAAACGAGGCUCGUGAUAGUAGUUGUUUUAUUAACGAUAACUGUAAUUACUCUUGUUAUUACCUUAACUUUGCAAAUGAUCGUAUUUUAUAAGGAAGAAUACAAAGAAAUGUGUCAGAGCGAAGAAUGCAUAAAAACAGCUGCUAGAGUAUUAGGAUCAAUGAACAAAUCCAUAGACCCUUGCGAUGAUUUCUAUAAAUUUGCAUGCGAUGGUUGGGUAGCUAAACAUCCAAUACCCCAAAGCCAAGUAUCCUGGGAUCAAUUAAGUCUUCUUCGUGAAUAUCUUCUACAAGAUUUAAGAAUUUUGUUAGAAAUGCCUGACAAGGAUGACGAUCUAAGGCCCAUUAAAUUAGCUCGUGCUCUUUACAAAACUUGUAUGGACACCGCGAGCAUCGAGACCUUGGGAUUAGAACCGAUAUUCCAUGUAUUAAAACAAAUAGGAUUACCAACCGAUCCACCAUUACAAAUUAAAAUAUCUCCCCUCGAUUUGUCCCAAAUAGCUGGUGCGACUCGUAGAAUUUUAGGUUUAAAUCUGUUGGUCAAUUUUUAUAUUAGCGAGGAUAUUCGAGAUACGACGAAGAAUCGAAUGAUGACGGAACAAGUAUCUCCAGCUUUUAGUGAACGAUAUCUCCUGGAUCCUCAACGUUUUCAAUCUGAAUUAGGAGAAUAUAAAAAAUAUAUCAAAGCCAUGUUGGAAUUAGCUGGAGCUGGAAAUAGAAGCACAAGUUUUGCCAAUGAAAUUUUAGAAUUUAGUACGAAAAUUGCCAAGAUCAUGGAUACACCAGAACAAAGACGUAGCGUACAUCAUCUUUUUCAUGACGUUACAAUCGAUACAUUACAAGAGCUGACUGAUCUUCGUGUACAACAGUGGAACUGGACGAAAUAUCUGGAAAAUGUAUUUGAUAAUACAAACGUGACCAUAAACACAGGAAUUGAUAGAGUCAUAGUAAUGGAUCUACACUAUUUACAGAAAUUGCCCCAACUACUUGCAAUUACUCCACCCGCUACGAUAGCACGUUUUAUUUGGUGGAGCGUAUAUUCAGCGAUUACUCCACUCACAUUACAAAAGUUUCGUGACCUUGGAUUCCAAUUUUCUCAAAAAGUAUUUGGGCUUAAAGAAAAAACACCCAGGUGGAAAGGUUGUACAGGAAAUGUUAAUGCUAAUUUUGGAAUGGCUCUAAGUUACGUUUACGCUCAAAAACAUUUUAAUGAUCAGGAAAGGGAAAAAGCUUUGGAAAUGUUGAUGGAUAUUAGAACAGCAUUCGAUGCAAUGGUUAAAGAAUUAGAUUGGAUGGAUGCAGACACCAGAUUACGUGCUCACAAAAAAUUAUACGCGAUGAGACCGUUCGUUGGUUUUCCUAAAUGGAUUACAAAUCCAGAAAAAUUAAAUAAAUUUUAUGAAGGUGCCGAAGUAAUGGAAGGAAAAUUGUUUGAAACUUUUUUACAAUUAACGGACGUAGGUGUUAAGAAAAAUUUAAAUAGCUUACGAGAAAAACCUGACAAAGAUCGAUGGAUAUCAACUGGGACUACUGUUAAUGCAUUUUACAGUGCUAUUUUAAAUUCAGUCACAUUUCCAGCGGGCAUUUUGCAUCCACCAUUCUAUGGAAAUGGAAUAGAAUCGAUAAACUAUGGUGCAAUGGGUGCGAUUAUGGGUCAUGAACUUACUCAUGGUUUUGAUGAUCAAGGUCGCAGAUACGACGAAAACGGCAAUCUCAGGCAAUGGUGGAGCGACGAGACAUUGCAACAUUAUCAUGAGAAAGUUGAAUGUAUCAUCAAACAGUAUAGUAGUUAUCAUCUUCCUGAGCUGGGUAACAAUUUUACAGUAAAUGGCAUUACAACUCAGGGUGAAAAUAUUGCUGACAAUGGUGGAAUAAGAGAAGCUUAUAGAGCAUAUCAAAAAUUAAAAGCACGCAAUUCACAUCAGCAAGCUUUGCCUGGCCUUUCUGAAUAUACUCAUGACCAAUUGUUCUUCUUAGGAUUUGCACAAGUUUGGUGUGGAAAUUAUACGAAUGGAGCAUUAAAAUCUAAGCUAAUAGAAGGUGUUCAUGCACCAAAUCAUUACAGAGUAAUCGGAACGUUGUCAAAUAAUGCUGAAUUUGCUAAAGCAUGGAAAUGUUCUACGAACAGUCGUAUGAAUCCAAAACAUAAAUGUAUUUUGUGGUAAAUUGUUUUUUAUUUAACUCAAUUAGAAGAUAUAUUUGUAAGUUUGUAACAGAGUUUGAUGAAAGAGAAGCAUCGAAUUGUAUUUAUUUGCGGAAUUUAUUAUACUAGAUAUUUAUAUAGACUGAUAGGAGCUAGCAAAUAAUUUAUUAUUACUCUUAUAUAUAAUAAUCUGCGAAUCUG